UUAAUAUACAUUAAGUCUGCGUGUGAAAGAAAAGAAAAGAAACGUGAGAAAGAAGAGAGAAAAGAAGAAAAGAGUGAGGGAAAGAAAGGAGCAGAGGACUGUCCGAAUAAUCGCCACCACCCAACAAAACGCCUCGCCGGGAAAAAUUUCAACGACGCCGGAAAAAGGAGCUCGUCGGUAAAAGAAAGCAGGCUUGCUGUAACACAGUAGCAGGCCGCCAAGGAGAGAGACUGCUGCUGCGCCGGAGGAAGAAUAUCCCAGACGGCUGCUACCCAAUCGCCGGACUGAACGAACUCUACCCGCCGCCUCACCGGUACUCUCUAAAGAAGACGUACGACUCAAGGUGAUUUCGGUGAAGAUGGAAGUAGAAGCUUCGGUUAGGAAUUAUCGCAAUUCGAGGAAUUGAGGAUCAUAUUGAAGUUGAUUUCGAGAGCUUCCGCUAAAACACAUAGACUAAAGUGAUUGAGUAAUUUAUUUUAGUCUUAAUUUUAAAGAAUUGUAGUUGAACAGUUAAUUAUGGAAAAUUUUAAUUUGUUGGUGGUGGAUAGCCUGUGCACUCGGUUAUGUGAGAACCGAGUGUGGCGGUAACGCCCCUUAUUUCCAUUUAAAUUUCCGCUGCACAAUUCUGAUGUUUUCAAAUAAAGUUUAAAUUCUUUUGAAUAAAUCAUUAUUCAAAUGUAUUUUUGGGUGGGAAAUUUGGGGGUGUUACAAGUUGGUAUCAGAGCCUUUCUUCUUUUUUUAUGGGGGUUUUCAAACAUUUUCUGAGAUUUUCUUUUUCCUCAAGUGAUACCAACAAAUUGGUAUGAUUUUCGAAAGUGGAUUUUUGAAUAAAAGUUUUCAUUCACUAACUUCGGUUUCAAAAAAAAAGGAGUUCAUAACAUUUUAUAAGAUUUUCUAAAACUCUUUAAGAGAUACCAACAAAUUGGUAUCAGAGCCUUUGAUUUUUUUUAAAUGGGGGUUUUCAAAUAAAAGUUUUUCCUAAAGUGACUAUGGUUUUCAAAAAAAAAAAAAAUAGUUUCGAACAUUUUUUUUUUACUUUCUAAAACUUCAAUGAGUAAUACCAACAAGUUGGUAUGAGAGACUUUGAUUUUCUAAAAUGGAGUUUUUUAAACAGAUUUUCUUAAACUCCCUUAAGUGUAUCAAAGCCUUAAUAUUUUCCAAGGGGACUUUUGUAAAAUGCUUUUCUGAAAUACUAAGAAAUUAAUUUACUAGGGAAUAAGUAAUAACUUCUAGGACCGCGGUGAGAAUGUGAGAUUUUGAAUUUCUAUUUUGGUGGAGUUUGUGGUUCUUUGAAUUGUUUGAGUUAUACUUAAAUGAGAUAUACUUACCAAAUUAUGUGAAUAGUGAGUUAUUAGGUAAGGUAGUGUAAUUGUGAAUAUCAUUCGAUAUACUUCGUGUCCUAAACAUUAUUCUUUCAAGUAGACAAUGAAGUCAACAAGAAACAAAGUAGAAGACAAUGCCGUCGCACCGACGAAUGCGGAGUUGGCUCAAAAUAUGGUUCAACUCAUCCAGACCAUCGGGAGUGUGCUAAUUCAGAACCAACACCAACAACGUCUCAAAAACCGCAAUGAUGUAGCGAAACAUGUAGCGAAGCGCAAUCCACCAUGUUAUUUAGGCCAAGAAGACCCUCUCAUCCUUGAGGAUUGGAUUCGCACUUUCGACAAACUCUUCGAUGCUAUAAACUGCCCUGCAGAUCAACGAAUUAAUACGGCUGCGUACUAUCUAUGUCAAGAAGCAGACAAUUGGUUGGCCACGACUGCCCCAACGUUGCGUCAACAACCCGACUUUUCUUGGGAGACGUUCAAGGAGGCAAUGCGAAAAAGAUUCUACCCAGAGCACGUGAGAGCUGAGAAGUAUGAAGAAUUUUUACAUCUGAAGCAAGUAGGCAUGACUGUCCAAGAGUACCACUCUAAAUUCUUGAAUCUCGCACGAUUUGCACCCACGCUAGUUCCCGAUGAAAUCGAGAAAACAAAUAAGUUUAUACGCGGUCUGAACUUCGAGACGCAAAAAGCUCUUUGCGUUUCAGAAUGCCAAACGUUGAACGAUGCCUACAACAAAGCUGGCAAGCACUAUCGAGUGCAACAACUCCAGAAGAAAACACUCAAGAGAGCGAGGAAAGUGACUGAAGGAGAAAGCAAACCGGGAGGCAAACAAUGCAAGCUAAAUCAGCUAGGGCACACUCGGAACGAGAAGAAGAUCAACAACCAAGGCCAAGACCAGAAGCGUAAGAAGAAGAACUCAACUGAAGAGAUGCACUUCUACUGCUCGAAGUGUAGAAAAGAUCACCCUGGGAAAUACUGUGAUGGAACGCUCGUACGAUGUUUUCAUUGUGACAAGCUAGGACAUAGGGUGUUCGAGUGUUAUUCAAGGAAGAAGGGAAUCCCUCCAACUCGUGGACUCAAUCAUCAUCCAAAACGCAAUGGAAGAACCUCAGAAUAGUAGGCAAACAAUGCAAGCUAAAUCAGCUAGGGCACACUCGGAACGAGAAGAAGAUCAACAACCAAGGCCAAGACCAGAAGCGUAAGAAGAAGAACUCAACUGAAGAGAUGCACUUCUACUGCUCGAAGUGUAGAAAAGAUCACCCUGGGAAAUACUGUGAUGGAACGCUCGUACGAUGUUUUCAUUGUGACAAGCUAGGACAUAGGGUGUUCGAGUGUUAUUCAAGGAAGAAGGGAAUCCCUCCAACUCGUGGACUCAAUCAUCAUCCAAAACGCAAUGGAAGAACCUCAGAAUAGUAGGCGAAAACAUAUCAAUUCCUAAUUUUCAUAAUUAGUAAAAAUGUUUGAGAAUUAUGUAUCAUUUGAUCUUUGACGAAUAAAUUAUUUUCUUGAAUAAGUUAAAUGCUUCGGGGACGAAGCAUUCUUUUAAGGAGGGUAGAAUGUGACACUCCAUAAAUUUAAUAAAAAGAAUUUAACAUUAAUUAAAAUGUGACACCACACAAUUAUAGUUGCGGAUAUUUUUCUUAGCUUAUGCUUCGGGACGAAGCAUCUUUUAAGGAGGGUAGAAUGUGACACCCCGAAAAAUUUAAAUAAAAUAAAUAAUUUUAUUAGUCAGAUA